AUGAGCUCAGAGGAAGACUCUAAGUGGCUGGAGUGGAUGACUAAGCAGUUUGAAACCAUUGCUGGAAAAGACAAGGAAAUUGACCUUGACGAAUUCAAAACAGCACUAAAAGUAAAAGAGUCCUUUUUUGCAGAGCGUUUCUUCUCCCUGUUCGAUUCAGAUGGGAGUGGGUCGAUCAGUCUGGACGAAUUACUGAAGGCCCUCAAUCUCCUAAUACAUGGAAAUGAAACAGAUAAACUGAGAUUCCUGUUCCAGGUCUAUGAUGUAGAUGGUAGUGGCUCAAUUGAUCCAGAUGAGCUCCGCACAGUGCUUAAAUCCUGCCUGCUUGAGAACGCAAUCUCAUUGCCCGAAGAGAAACUUGAUGAUCUCACCUUAGUACUCUUCCAAUCAGCCGACAAGGACAGCAGUGGAUCCAUUACUUUCCAGGAGCUGAAGGAGGAACUAGAACGAUUCCCAGAAGUCAUGGAGAACUUAACAAUCAGUGCUGCUAACUGGCUGAAACCUCCUACAGUAGAAAGGAAGAGCCAUACACCUCGUUAUUUAACGCCGACCUACUGGCACAAUAAUCGCAGUAAGCUACUCUUCAUGUGCUCAUAUUGGUGCGUGAAUAUCCUGCUUUUCACACUCAAUGCAGUUGGCCAUGCCAGCCUUGGUCCGUUGAUCAUGAUUGCCAAGGGCUGCGGUCAAUGUCUGAACUUCAACUGCACUUUCAUCGUGGUGCUGAUGCUUCGUCGCUGUCUGACAUGGUUGCGUGCUACAUGUGCAGUGCGUUUUCUACCACUGGAUCAGAAUGUUUACCUGCAUGAGCUAGUUGGAUACAAUAUCUUUGUCCAGACGGUUAUUCACACUGCCGCUCAUGUUAUAAAUUUUAUAAAACUGGCUGUAAAUUUGAAGAUAUACACUUUUUGGCAGUAUCUUUUGACCAUGGAGCCAGGUAUCGGUUGGAUUUAUGGCACUGCCUCUCUCACUGGAAUUAUCUUGCAGUUUCUCAUCUGUCUGACUCUGGCCUGUUCCAGUUCCUUCGUCAGGAAGGGUGGGCACUUUGAGAUAUUCUACUGGACCCAUUUAUCCUACAUUUGGAUUUGGAUUCUGCUGUUUCUGCAUACACCAAAAUUCUGGAAGUGGUUCUUGGUCCCUGGACUCUUGUUCCUGCUGGAGAAACUGUUUGGCGUGGCUGUUUCACGUAUUGGAGGGCUGUACAUUGUAGAGGUGAACCUGCUCCCCUCCAAGGUGACACAUCUUGUUAUUAAGAGACCGCCAUCUUUCCAAUACAAGCCUGGCGACUUCAUCUACUUAAACAUACCAGCCAUUGCCAAGUAUGAGUGGCACCCAUUCACCAUCAGCAGUGCCCCAGAGCAGGAAGAUACAUUCUGGCUUCACAUCCGAUCACUUGGCCAAUGGACUAAUAGCUUGUAUGAAUACAUCAGUAAAACAGAGUUUGUAAAGAGUCAGAAUGAUAAACGACUGACCCGGAAUCUGAAGAAGAGCAGAUAUCAGAGCCAGUCUCUUUUGAAAUCACCCUGUUCCUCUGGAGGAAUUGCUUCUAAUGCAGAUGAUCUUAUUGAAUUGACCUCCUACCGACCAUGUAAAAAUGCAGUGGGGGAGGAUGUCCGCGUCAGUUUGGAUGUAGCUGGUUCACAAGUUCGUGAGAUUUCCUUCAAGGUUGGUGAAAAUCACCGGCUGUGUAAUAUAAAAUGCUACGUUGAUGGACCAUAUGGGACACCAACUCGUCAGAUCUUCGCAUCAGAACAUGCUGUGCUGAUUGGAGCAGGGAUUGGAAUCACACCAUUUGCCUCCAUAUUGCAGAGCAUCAUGUACAGAUAUCGGAUGAGAAAACAGAAUUGUCCCAAUUGCAAAUACUCAUGGUGUGAAAAUGUGAAAGACAAUGAAAUGAAUCUGAGGAAGGUAGACUUUAUCUGGAUAAAUCGGGACCAAAAGUAUUUUGAAUGGUUUGUGAGUCUCCUAACCAAGCUCGAGAUGGAUCAAGCUGAUGAAGAGCCACAGGGUUGUUUCCUAGAGAUGCAUAUGUACAUGACAUCAGCUCUCUGCAAGAAUGACAUGAAGGCCAUUGGACUGCAAAUGGCCCUUGACCUACUGGCACAGAAAGAGAAGAAAGAUUCCAUUACUGGCUUGAGGACCAGGACACAGCCUGGAAGACCAGACUGGCACAAGGUGUUCCAAAAAAUUGAGCAAGAAAAAAAGGGCAAAGUACAGGUGUUCUUCUGUGGGUCUCCAUCAUUGGCCAAAGUAAUCAAAGCUCAAUGUGAGCAGUUCAACUUCAAAUUUUUCAAGGAACAUUUCUAAUAAUAUAUUUACAUUUUUUUAAAUGUAUAGUAUAUGAAAGAUUAUUUCACAACUACACCUAGAUGUGCAAAACUGAAAAAGCAUGGCAUAAAAUGCCUUAUUUGCUUCCUUGGUUACACAAACAUUAUACUUAAAUUGCCAUUCUAACCAACACUCUAACCAACAGCUUAGUUUAGUGAUUUUCUUGCAGUGGGCCCCAGCUUGUCGUUUGAAAAAUAAGGGCUUCUGCAGUUUGAAAAAUAAGGGCUUCUUCCCAGAACACUGAAACUGCCCCGUCCUCAGCCAACUUGUUAAUGUGAAAUUACACUACCCCAUUAUUAAAGGAAAGCACCAGCCUGAUAGCAAACUAUCCCAAUGUAGUUUUUAUGGUAGCAGGAGUGUCUGGACUCUGUCUUACCUUCACGGGCUAAAAUGUUUUCCAACUGUUUACCCAAAGUUGGUAUCCCACUGCCCAAAACCUCUGCCAUCUCUUUUCUAUCCUCUUAGUGGCUACUAUGAACAAGAAGGUUUGCCAGGUGGCUGGUGAUAGGCUGAGAGUGUCAGUUGACAAUCUCAGCCUAUUAAGGUUAGCCCAUUGAGGGUAAUAGUACGUACUAUUACUACGUACUAUUACUCUCCAUAGUAUUGAAGUUACUUAUGGGAUUGGGAAUGUUCCACUCAAAACAGAGCAGUUAUAAAUUGAGAACGCUGGGCUAAUCCAUAUCGAGAAAAUGAGUUGCAGUAGUUAUUUUGCUUAGACUGUCCCUUUAAUUCUUGUCACAUCAAAUUAUCUAUCACGGUACUGCAAGGCAUUGUUACAAAAUUAGAUGGACAAGUGACUCCAGUAUGAACAGCGAGAAAAAAAUAUUACAAAAACUAUGAAAACAUUAUAUGAAAUUUGCAUAACCGCCAAGUAGCAGAACGCAAUCACAUAUUUAAUAUUCUGUCCAACUUACAUUUCAACCAUAUCAUUAAAAAGGACCAUGCUAAAACUGCUUUGCAUACUAAUGUUUCAUUUAUUCGCCCACAGACCUCUUUACAGUCACUCCUUAAAGAACAGAUUUUCUUGUCAGAGACUGAUGAUUUUAAGUACCCAACUUACUGCUGUCAGUUGACUUCAUGUAUUCAUAUAAUUUAUUCAGAAUAUGUAAGAAAAAAUUGCAGAUAAAAGCUGAUCUUUCAACGAUUGCCUGAAAAUCUAGAGUUGCAUUGCUGCAAGUACAUCUAACUUUCUAGUUACAAACUCAAGAGCCAGCCGAUUGUUCUCUCCUGUAAAUGAAGAAGAGAAAGUCUGCGUACUCUGAAAAGUG